AUGGCUGAGGGCUUGGUGGCUGAAGAGGGCGGAGGAUGGACAGAGCAGGGAGACGAGGAGAGGGAGAUCAGAGAUCUAGAAGCGGAGGUGAACGAGAUGGCCGAGAGGAUCCAGCGGUCGAGGAGGACGGUUCCUGGCAGGCUCGCCGAGGCCUUAUCUGCGCAGCUCGCGGCCCAACGGCCUCGUAUUCCCUCAGAGGGGGCUGUAGGUUUGCAAGAUAACUCUUCACAGAACGAGAGUGAGUGCUCUUAGUGUACUUUCUUCUACCUUCCCAAUUUUUUGAUACCUUCCUUCAGUCUAUCUGUGAGCCCCCCUCCUUCUUUUCUGUAGUUGGUUGUUGCCUAUAAUUGGAGCAUUCUUGCCUGACUCGAACUAUGUGCGUGCGAUGUGUGUAAAUCUAGUUUUCUCUUGAAGUGCGUGUCAUCUCAGAUCAAUUAAAUUGGAAGAAAUACAUGGAAACUGUGGAGUUUGCCAGAGAGCAUCGAGAUCCCCUGGCUGGUGUUUUGGAUGUGGAGGAUAGAGGCCAUUUUCGAUGGCUCCAUUACCCGAGAGGACGAGAGGGUUAUUUGAUGAGAGAAACAAGACAUAUGAUCUGAACGGUUAGCUAGAUCGGCGUCUAGUCUCUGAAUCUCAUGUUUUCCUUUUCUCGAAGUGAAAAGCUUACUUUUGUGGAAAAGAGAGAAUCCUUCCUCACCCAAUCAUAAUAUUCUAGAAAUCCAGCUCCCAAACAGCUUGCGUCAGGCGCCCGAUGGAUUUACCGAGCCCAAUUCUGCUGUUUCUCUAGUAUCUUGUACCGAAUGAUUCAGCUUUCAAUCUGUGGCCCUGCUAUUCUCAUAUGAAUAAUAUCCUGGUUGCCCAUCGCCUGUUCCCAGUUUCUCAUUGCCAACAUAAACAUCAGUAUAAAGUGAUUUGGAGCUUACUUAACUCGCCGAUCUCACUUGAUGUCUCUGAUGAUCGAGCAAUUAUUACAUUCAAAAGAAGGACAAAAAUAUACCCGUGUUGUUAAAAUAUUAGAGAAACUUCAUUGUCAGGGCUUUAUCUAUUCACUCUCUUCUUCCUUUCCGAGCUGUCAAUAGUGUUUGAUAAAUGGUGUUUAGAGUUUAUUUCUCUAUAACCAUGUUCUUCAGGCCGCAUUUUUCUGAUACAAGCCCAUUGCUUAUCCACAGGAGCAUCAGGGGAGGCCGAGUCGGACACUGGAGCAUCAUCCUUUCCAGAAUCAGAUCAAGAAAUGCAGGAGAGGCUUCAAACCCUGAGGUCCAAGCUCCGUAGUAACAUCGACGCCACACCAGAGAUUCUGAAGAGAAUCAAAGGGUGCAUGGAAAGACUCAACAGAAUCGAUCAGAGCAGUGGCGCCAUCAAUCCUGUGUUCCAAAAGAGACGAAAGAACUGGCCAUCUAUUUGA